UGGGACUCCCACAUAAUUGGGUGGCGAGGAGAAGUGGGACUCCCAUACACACUCUCAAAUAUGUUGUUCUUUGAAAUAUAUAUCCCCAUAAUAGAUUAGACACUGGCAUUUUCUUAUGGAGAGGCUGAGAAGAAGGAACAACUACUUUCAAAGGAGAAUUAGCAAACUAUAGUUUACAUCAAUAUUACCAGAAUAUUGUCAAGUUUUUCAAUUAGAAAAAAGAAUCAACAAAAUGAAGUCUAUGUUAAGAUCUCUCUUCGACACCAUUGAAGUUUUGCUUCGCUUUCUCUAUUACAGUCUGGAGGAAUUAAUUUUAAAGUUUUCUUGUUAUAAAAAAAAUGUCGCUGGGAAAAUAGUGCUUAUUACGGGAUCUGCAAAUGGAAUUGGAAGAGAGCUCGCAAUACAGUUUGCACGUCUUGGUUCCAUCCUUGUUCUCUGGGACAUCGAUGAAGAAGGUAACAAUGAAACAGGAGAGCUUGCCAAAGCCAAUGGGGCUCUAGCUGUUUGUGCCUACAGGUGUGACGUUGGGAAAAGGGAAGAAAUCUAUGCAGUAGCAGAACAGGUUAGAAGAGAAGUGGGAGAUGUAGAUAUCCUAAUCAACAAUGCAGGUAUCUUGAAAGGAAAGACUUUCCUUGAUCUUUCUGACUCUGAUUUGGAAGAAACACUAGAUGUGAACACUGCAUCUCAUUUCUGGACUUGCAAAGCCUUUCUUCCAGCCAUGGUUGCCCGCAAUGAAGGCCAUUUGGUUACUACUGCGAGUGUAUCAUCAUUAGUGGGGAGCAAUAAACUAACAGCUACUACUGCAAGUAAAUAUGCAACAUUUGGAUUUAUGGAAGCCCUUGCUUUUGAAUUGCAAGAUGCAGGAAAGAAAGGCAUUCAAACCACCAUUGUCUGUCCAUAUUUAGUGGACACAGAAUUAAUUACUGGGGCACAAACACUGAGGGAAUUCUUUUUUCCUAUCUUGGAUGCAGGCUACGUUGCAAAGGAGAUGGUGGAUGCCAUUCUGAAAGAGAAACUUUAUCUUGUCUUGCCGUCAUAUGCCCGACUCCUCGUUCUUAAAAUAUUUUUUCCUAAGAAAAUAGUUUACCUUCUUGCAGAAUAUCUUGGUCUCUUCCGUCUUUUUGAUCACUUCAGAGGUGAACCUAAAAGAGGACAGAAAACAAAGGAAAAUUGAGAAGUCUUCUCUAGACAUUGGGAAUAUUUCAAAGUUUGAUUUCUGCUUACAAAAAUGAUUUCCUUCUCAUAGAUUAUUUGAACUCUUCAAUGAUAUCUUAACUGAGGAUUCUUCUUCUUGGCAACUGCUGGGCUUGAUACUUGGAUGAUCUGCUGCUUCAUACACUUUGUCCAGACCACUUAUCUAGAUGCUACAUUAAAUGCUAGCUAUGCUAUUAAAGCAAAAAACAUUGUAUAAUUUUCUCUCCAGAUUUCUGCAUACAAAAGUGGCUUUCCUUCUUUUAGAGUGUUCGGACUCUUCAAUAAUUUAAAUCACUUCAAAGGUCAUGUUACAAAAAGCAGAGGACUGAGAAAUGCUAUACUGUAUCUUAAAUGAUAAAUCAACUUCUUAGAAGCUGGUAGAUUUUAUACCCGGGUGAUCAACGGCUUCAUAUAUUUCUUCCAUACCAGCUUUUGGCUUUGGCUUAUUCUGUAGAUGCUACUUGGAAUUUUAGAUACUCUGUUAAAUCAAAUAAAAUACAUGGU